CAUGGUGAACCUUGCACCGCUCCAUUGAUGACGUCAUCGCUUCCGGCCCUGUACGUCACGUCAUCCGCCGUCAGUGGAUGAGAUGUGCGCCGUGCGCGUGCGCGUGCGUUGCGGAUGUCGCCUACACCACACACACACACACGCACGGACCGCUGGCUAUACUUCCAUACGACAGAAGACGCCGAUUUUCACUGACACUGACCAGCGCGUGGACACUAGGACAAAUCUAGGAUGGAUUCCUGCUACCAGGCGGAUGCCUCUCAUGCUCGUCAAUCGACGAGAAAUGCCGACGACAUGGGACACUAACUCGCAUCUCUCGCUCAUCGUUGUGUAAAGUCUAGUGGAAACGUCGCAGGGAUGUUGAUCUCGAAACAUCUAGAACGUUUCAAACGGCCGAAGUCGUUCACGGCGGAGAGCAGCGAGGAGCCGGACUUCUUCGCGCGAAUACCCGAUGAGGUAAUCGUCCGCAUCUUCGCAGCGCUGCUGCCAGCUGUCGGCCAUCUUCCGAAGCUCAGUCGCGUCUGCCGGCGCUGGUAUAUUCUAUCGCAGGAUCCCGUGCUAUGGACGCAUCUUGACUUCCAAUGUGCGAAUCGUUCGUCGCGACUGCAGAAGGCGGUCUUCAAAGACUUCGUGCAGAAAUGGCACCGGGUCACGUGCCACGUCGAUCUCAGUGGCGUCGGCAUGUACGUCACCGACGGCUACCUUAAGUACGUCGGCAAAUACUGCCAGAAGCUCGUCGUGCUCAAUCUGUCCGGCUGCUCGCGUGUAACUGAUAAAGGUCUGGUGCAUCUUAGCAGCGGAUGUAAGAAACUAAAGAGUCUCACGCUGCAGUCGUGCCCGGAAGUGACGUGUCAGGGCGUGACGCAAGUCGCUAAGCAGUGCGUCAAUCUAGAAUGUCUCGUCAUGACCGACUGCGAGGGCCUCUGGCGGGAUCCGCAUCACAUGCGCGCGAUGUCGACGUACUGUACCCGUCUGAAGUCGUUCAGCGUCGCCUGCACGACGGCCGUCAGGGGGAUCAUGAUCGAUCGCGAUAUCCGCUUCUUCGCGCUCUUCUGCACGCAGCUGAAACAAUUGAACGUCGCGAGUUCGCAGAUCACCGACGCGGCGAUGAAAUACAUCGCCAAGUACUGCGUGCAGCUCGUCGAUCUAGGGGUCGCCUAUUGUUGCGUCACGGACAAGGGCUUCCGGCACGCCUUCCCCAAGUUGCAGCGACUGGAUUUGAAGGGCUGUUGGAACGUGACCGACGUCGGAGUAAAGUCGAUCGCGCAGCACAGCCGCGAGAUGCGUCGGCUUGACCUCAGCUGGUGCUUCCGCGUCACCGACGUCGCGCUCGUGCAUCUGGCGCGACGGUGUCGCCGUCUGGAGACGCUCACGCUCGAGCAUUGCCUCGCCGUCAGCGUGACCGGGAUUGUGAGGCUGUCGGAGAGCUGUCCCAACCUGCAAACACUCAACGUCGGCUCCAUGAACCUACACGCAAGCGUCGGUCGGCUGCGACCGUCGCUGACGCGUCGCUACGACGGCCGACAGAGCGCGCCACCUGCCGAGAGACGACAAGACGGCCGACGGCAGGGGGCGCCACCUGCCGAGAGUCGACGACCGCGCUCUGCCGUCAUACGCGAGAGCAUGCUGGAGAGUGCCAACAGUCUACCAAGCAUUCUCGAGUAUCAGAACGCCGGCAGGGAGACUCUAGAUGGGCGCGCACGUCUUUCGUCGUCGUCGACGUCGCAGCUCGGCCGCCAGACGGCGCUGCAUAGGCUUCAUCAGUCAUUCGACAGUAUUAUUGAGACCGUGAAUGGCGUGAAGAGGGUCGGUGGCACAGCACCGCCUAUCGACGAGUGUUGUAAACUACAGUCAGGCGUUCGAGUUUGUAAAACUCUGUGAAGGCGUUGUUCGGGGUGACGUUCACGACGUGCCUUCAUGUGGCAAUGGCUACCUAGCUAGUACACACACACAUACACACACACACACACACACACACACAC